UUCAGUGAUCGUUCUGAGCGCAAGCGAAGAAAAUCAUAGAAAGAGACCUAAACUUUACAAAGCGAUAAAAAGCUACAUCGAGUGUGAGAGUGCAGAAAUACUCAAGUUUACAACCACUUAUACGUAGAGUAUUUGUGUGUGUUCACGAGUGUUUUCGACCACUUGAUCGCUCAUCACUUCUCCGGUUUGUCCCUCACUAACACCGAGGGCAUCACCGUUGAGAGGCGUCGACAGACUGGAAGUCAGCGUUCGUAGUGACAGUUUCUCUGAUCUGAUCAUCUAUCAGUCACGGGAUUCGUCGCACUUCGCAGACGGAAAGUUCAUGGAGACGAUUUUACGCACUGAGGACGACAGUCCAAAAGUGUGUUUGCCCCUCACUAACACCGAGGGUGGCAUUACUAAGAGAGGCGUUGACAGGCUUGAAGUCGGCGUUUGGAGUGACAGUUUCUCUGAUCUGAUCAUCUAUCAGUCACGGGAUUCGUCGCACUUCGCAGACGGAAAGUUCAUGGAGACGUCACUUUUACGCACUGAGGACGACAGUCCAAAAGUGUGUUUGCCCCUCACCAACACCGAGGGUGGCAAGAGUAGAGAAGCCCAUGGACAGGACGCCAGCGUUUUGAGUGAACUUUUCUCUGAUCUGAAAAACAUCCAGGGAUGGGAUUUGUUGUUCUCCGCUGACCAAAUGUCCAUGGAGCCUUUUACUACACAUGCUGAGCCAAAAGCAUGUUUGUCCGACAUCCUCACCGAUGGUGACAUCUUUGAGAGGAGAGGAGUCGAUGGACCAGAAGUUGACGGUUGUAGUGACCGAUUCCUUGAUUUGACUAUCCAUCAGUCACAGGAUUCGUCACUCCCUGAGUACUCUCUGAGUCCAAAAGUAUGUUUGUCCCUCACUGACAUCGAGGUUGACAUUGGAGUAAAUGAAUUGGAAGUUGACAUUUGUAGUGACAGUUUCCCUGAUCCGAUUGACAUCGUUUCACGGGAUUUGUCACUCACUCCUGGUAACAGGCCAAUGGAUGUGUCACACACUGUGGACGACAGCCCAGAAGAACAAAAUGGCGCAGGGAGAAAGAUGGCAGGAAUCCGUGGGUUCUUUAAGGGAACUUGUAAGGCUGUGAAACGUCUCUUUCUCCCUAGCCGCAGUACUGAAGUGGAGCCUAUUGUUCCCUCACUGCAGCCGGACAAACCUCGAUCUGAUGGAGGGCUGUCUGUCCCAGUUGUGUCCGGUCUCGAGCAAAGUUCAGGUUCCCACUCGCUCGAAGAUAGACCUGAUGCGUGUCCGGUUGAUGAGGAAAAUGCAGCCAAAGUUUGCUCAGUGCCCGAUCAAACUUUAAACACGGAUUCAGAUUUUCAUAGAAAAGCGCAUGUAUUGGAUACAUCGGACAUAAUGUCUGCGUCCUCUGUGCACAAUGCUGAUGAAGGUGUCCUUCAGAGGAAUGGCGCUGAAUCACUGACAGAACAAAUGCUAGCAGUGCUAGACUCUUUUCUGAAAUCUGAUAUACAGUCUAUAAAGGUGGAGGAAACUUCAUCAGAUGAUAUAGACAUGAACACUGUGGUAAAGAGACACCUGGUAUCUGACACUGUGUUGUCAAAUGAAACUAAUGGAACCUCUAAUGGGAUCAAACCAAAUGUAUGUUUGCCCCUCACUGACACAAAGGUUGACAUUGGAGUCAAUGGAUUGGAAGUUGACAUUUUUAGUGACAGUUUCCCUGAUCCGAUUGACAUCUGUUCAUGGGAUUUGUCACUCACUCCUGUUAACAUGCCAAUGGAUGUGUCACACACUGUGGACGACAGCCCAGAAGAACAAAAUGGUGAAGGGAGAAAGAAGGCAGGAAUCCGUGGGUUCUUUAAGGGAACUCGUAAGGCUGUGAAACGUCUCUUUCUCCCUAGCCGCAGUACUGAAGUGGAGCCUAUUGUUCCCUCACUGCAGCCGGACAAACCUCGAUCUGAUGGAGGGCUGUCUGUCCCAGUUGUGUCCGGUCUCGAGCAAAGUUCAGGUUCCCACUCGCUCGAGGAUAGACCUGACGCGUGUCCGGUUGAUGAGGAAAAUGCAGCCGACGUUUGCUCAGUGCCCGAUCAAACGGCGACAGGAAUCCGUGGGUUCUUUAGGAGAACCUGGUUGGCUACGAAGCAAACCUUCUCCUGCCUAAGCAGCAAUACAAUAGAAAGAUCUCCAUCUUAUCAAAAACUGUUUAAGCCCACUGAUGGAGAUGUUCAGUCUUACUAUAAAUUGGGUGAUAUCCUGGGAAAAGGAGGAUUUGGGAUGGUCCGUCGGGCAACCCGUAUUUCUGAUGGUCAAGAGGUCGCCGUCAAAUUCAUGUCCAAGUUGGAAGAUACGCGUACUCUUUCGAUUCCUGGCCAUCGCAAACGUCUGCUUACCGAGGUGGCUCUGUUACUUAAGAUGAGCGAAGCUCCCUUAAGCCCAAAUGCCAUCAGAAUGUACGAGUGGUUCGAUGAUCCCAAGGAUGUUAUCGUGAUUAUGGAGUACCCUAAGCCCUGCAAAAGCUUGUUGGAUUUUGUCAUAGAACACUCAUCUCCACUGAGUGAAGACACAGCACGUGUUUUAAUGCGUCAAGCAGUACAGGGGGUAAUCGACUGCAUUGAUCACGGCGUCUUUCACAAUGACAUCCAUCUAGGCAACAUGCUGGUCAACACGAGCACAUUAGAGCUCAAGUUGAUUGACUUCGGUUGUGGUCAGCUGUUCUCUCCUGCCGGCUACAAGACCAAAAAGUAUCGAGGAGUACCAAGUUACUGCCCACCCGAGGUCUUAUCCAACCCCAGAUAUCACGCCAUCCCUACAAACGUCUGGUGUUUAGGUUUGGUUCUGUAUAAAAUGGUCAAUGGGUGUAUAUGGAUGCCAUAUGUCCAAUCAGAGGAAGUCCAAUUUUGGAAUACCAGCUUAUCGGAAGCGUGUCGUAGCAUUAUUAGACAGUGUGUAGCCCUUGAUCCAGCUGAACGGCCCACAUUACAGCAGAUCUUGAGCCACAGCUGGUUUAAUCCAGAAUGAAGGCAGGCAGGGUCUUCUGUUCAUCACUGCUGUCAGACAUGAGGCUACACGUAAAUGUACUGGACAUCACACAGAACUGACCAGACCUCAUUGACCUACUGUUAACGUUUUUUUUAUUUUUUAGUUAUGUUAAAUUGUAUUUAUUAUUGUAAUAAUUUGAUGUAUUGUAAAUAUAAUGUAUUGUAAAUAUAAUUCUGAUGUAUUGUAAAUAUAAUGUAUUGUAAAUAUAAUUCUGAUGUAUUGUAAAUAUAAUUCAAAUCAUACAUAUGUUUAUUAUUUUAAACCAAUGUUUUUUUCCUAAGUCAAACUUAAUACACCAUCUUAGCCUCAGACUUAAAUGCAUGUUUGAGCUGCUUUAAUUUAAAAAUACCUUGAACUGACAUAUCUUGCAUCAGUGCCUUUGUUUUGUCUUAAGAUGUACACCAGGUUUUUUUUUAUGUUUGUAUAAACUACUUAAAUGUCCUAGUCCUGAAUGAAUGUAAACACUGUCUGGGAAACUGACCCUAAAUAUUACAUUCACCCAAUCCAAAACAGUCAUAUUAAUGAAAUGUAUUUUCUUAAAUGUCUCAUUGUUUAAAUAAAUCAAGUAUUUUUUCAGAUACAGAUUGUUUAUUUGAGUGCAAGUACAAUAAAAAUGCGUGUAACACCAUAUUACCCACAUUAAAUUUAUUUUAAGAUUUAUUUUUAACAAACAAUUAUUACAUUUAAGCAGUAUAUUUUAAAAUGAUCAAUAAAACAGCAUUUUUUCAAAUUACAACAAUAUAUGUGUUUCAAAAGUAUAUUAAUAUUACAAAAAAGGCAAACUGUCAGGGUUUUGUCUUGUUCAUGACUUUUAUUUUGAAAGUGUUCACUGCCAUGUUUGUCUCUUGUUUCCCUGUUCCCUUUUGUGGCAUGUUCUGAUUCUUUGUCCCUAUACAAGUCAUCUUGUUCUUUGUUGGUUAUUAUUUGUUGUAAGAGUUGUUUCAUGUUUAUGUUAUGGAUCUUGCUCCUUGUUUCAUGCCACAGAUUACACUUCAUGUUUUCUUUUAUUAAAGUCUUUUCUG